GGAGAGGUGACGUCAUAAGGCUGCGCCGCGCUCCUGCAUCUGUGAUCCGGCUGAAGAAAGUUUCCAAACACAGAGAAAAACUCCUGGUGCAACUGAGAGCCACGUGACACACAAAUAUAAAGAUGACGCUUAUCAAAGAGGAGAGUGAAGACAUAAGGAUUGCAGAAGUAUUCAGUCUGAAACAAGAAGAUAUUGAGGAACAGACAGACCUGAUGGCGCUGAAAGAAGAAAGUGAAGAUCGGAAUGAAAUCGAGGACAAAGAUCUGAUUAAGAAACAUCUUCUCAUAACUGGAGAUUGUUCACAGUCUGAAAAGACUUCCCCACAAAAAAAAGCUCGGAAGACUGGUACAAAAACUAAUUUCGUUUGUCAACAGUGUGGAAAGUGUUUCAUGAAAAAAUUAAACCUUAAACUCCACAUGAGAAUUCACACCGGAGAGAAGCCUUUCACCUGCCAACAAUGUGAAAAGAGCUUUGCACGAAAAAGUAGUCUCAAGAUUCACAUGAGAACUCACACUGGAGAGAAGCCAUUUGUAUGUAGUCAGUGUGGAAAGAGUUUCACGCAUAAAGAAACCUUUUAUACUCACAUGAGUCUUCACAAUGGAGGAAGCCCUCACAUCUGUAAACUUUGUGGAAAAACCUUGAAACGAAAAGGAAAUCUUAAGACUCACAUGAGAAUUCACACUGGAGAGAAGCCUUACAAAUGUGAACAGUGUGAAAAAUGUUUCACACGUAAAGGAAGCCUUAAAAAGCACAUGAGGAUUCAUUCAAGAGAGUACUGCUGUAAAUGUCAUCUGUGUAAAAUGGGUUUCGCAAACGCGAAACGCCUUAAAAGGCACCUAACAACUCACGUUGGACAGAAGCCUUUUUUGUGUCAUCAGUGUGGAAAGACUUUCACGCAUGAAGGAAACCUCAAGAGUCACAUUAGAAUUCACACUGGAGAGAAACCGUUUACCUGCCAACAGUGUGGAGUGAGUUUCACUGAAAAGAGAAGCCUUACGGACCACAUGAGAAUUCACACUGGAGAGAAGCCGUAUACCUGCCAAGAGUGUGGAAAUAGUUUCACUCGAAAAGGAAGCCUUAAAGUUCACAUGAGAAUUCACAGCAGCGAGAAGCCUUUCACCUGCACUCUCUGUGGAAAAAGUUUCAGACAUAAAAGAACCCUUCAUAUCCACACAAGAGUUCACACUAGAGAAAAGCCUUUCACAUGUCUUCAGUGUGACAAGAUAUUCACAAAUGAAAUUUAUCUGAAAAGACACAUGAAAUCUCAUUCUGGCAAGAAAUUGCCAGAAUGCUCUGAGUGUGGGAAGAUGUUUAAAAAAAGGAGCAACUUCAAAAAUCAUGUCUGCCUUCACUCUGGAAAAAACAGUGAACCCUUGGGUCCUUGAAAAGCAUGAAAACUCAAUAAAUUCACUUUCAACAACUUUAAGUCCAUAAAAUUUCUUAAAUAUAAAUGGGUUAUACUAAUUAAAUGUUAUACUUUUUUGAGGUUGGAGAUUGACAUGGUAACAUGGUAAAACUCAGGUUUUAAAACAAUUAUUCCGACAG